GCAGACACUCUACUUCUGAAGUCGCCCCCACGUUAACUAGCGUAUUUUGUGGGUUUUUAACUUUUUUUUCUCCGGCUCUUUUACCUUUUUCUACAAAACUAUCAAAUUUUCCUGGGAAAACAUUGCGGCAUUGCGGCAAUUCCAUCAUUUACGAGAUAGGUACGAAUUUGCUCGAACUUUUAGCUUCUGGAUUUGCUCGAGCUUUUAGCUUCUGGGUUUUGUUUUUGAACUGUUUUAAAGAUCUGGGUUGCUGCAUUUGCCCAGUAAAGUUAUAAACUUUGUAGUGUAGAUCUGGAUUUUAAGGCUUGAAGCUUGCAGAUGGUGGGUUUUUUUGAUCUGAUUUGUGCUCAAAUUUUGGGGAUUUGGUUGUUAAAUUUGUUCUUUCGGGGGUUCUGUGAACUGGGUAGUGCUUAGAUUCUGUGAAUUUUGGUUGAUCUGAAACUUUCCGGGGUUUUGGGAAACAGUGAAGGAGUUAGAAGAAGACAUUGGAUUUUGCCUGGAAAUUUUGAAUUAGGGUUUUCUGACAUUUGGGGAUUGUAUUUUUGUAAUGUAAUGGCAUCUGAUGGAAUUGAUAUAAUAAGCCAAAAAAUAAGCAAAAUUUAGCAUUCAGUUCCACACAAACAUGUCUUCAACAACCUCACCUUCUCCAAAUUCUUCCCCUUCUGCGGUCCCACCAACUUCACCUCAUACCUCGUCACCACCCCCAUCAAAUUCUUCAACUACCCCAACUAGUACUGCAACCCCUUCUGACGCUUCACCUCCCCCUGCCCAAUCUCCUCCUCCAGCAUCAUCAGCUACUCCCACUCCAAAAUCGUCACCACCGCCGUCAACUCCACCACCAACUUCACCACCGCCUUCCACGCCGCAGGCUCCACCGCCUUCCACGCCGCAGGCUCCACCGCCUUCCACGCCUCAGGCUCCACCGCCAUCCCCUCCACAGUCUCCACCCCCAUCACCUCCGGCAUCACCCCCGUCAUCACCUCCUCCAGCAUCACCACCACCUUCGCCACCAGCUGCCUCUCCUCCGGCUACGUCUGAACCCCCACCACCUGCAUCAAAGGGUUCUCCCCCUCCCCAAUCUUCCCCACCUCCAGCAGAAGCCUCACCUCCACCUAAGUCCACAAAGUCCCCACCUCCUCCAGCUGAGGUCCCGCCCCCUUCGUCCGCUUCUCCACCACCACCACAAGGAGAGGCACCAAAAAAAUCUCCUCCAUCCCCGACCGUCACACCUCCUCCAUCUGGCUCCAAAUCUGCUCCUCCACCAGCUGAUAACUCUCCCCCUGCACCCACGGUGCAAUCACCACCUCCUUCGGUCCCUUCAUCUUCUUCACCUCCUGUUACUUCUCCUACCGUGCCUAGUAGUAAUUCGUCAAGUCCCACUCCCUUACCACAGAAGCCAACUGCAAGGUCAACCACUGGUGCCAAUGUGACGUCAAAUGCCACAUCCGGAAAGAAAGGAGGGUUAAACACUGGAGGAGCUGUGGCAAUUGGAAUUGUAGUUGGAUUCCUGGUGCUCAGUCUUGUUGUCAUGGCGGUGUGGUACAGAAAGAAGCAGAAGAAAAGAAGAGCUGGAGAAAAUUUUUCCUACAACAUGCCUUCCCCCUUUGCUUCAUCCCAGAAUUCAGAUUCGGUAUUUCUUAAGCCCUAUUCUCCAGCUCCUCUCGUAGGAAAUAGUUCUGGCAGUGAUUUGAUAUAUGCACAAUCAGAUGGUGGUGUAAACAAUUCAAGGUCAUGGUUCACAUAUGAAGAACUAAGCAAAGCCACAAAUGGGUUUUCGAAACAGAACCUUUUGGGCGAAGGUGGAUUUGGUUGUGUAUACAAAGGUGUUUUGGAAGAUGAAAGAGAAGUUGCUGUAAAACAGCUCAAAAUUGGUGGGGGACAAGGGGAACGUGAGUUUAAAGCUGAAGUUGAAAUUAUUAGUAGAGUACACCAUCGCCAUUUGGUUUCCCUGGUUGGUUAUUGUAUAUCUGAGCAUCAAAGGUUGCUUGUCUACGACUUCGUUCCAAAUGAUACCCUUCAUUACCAUCUUCAUGGUGAGGGCAUGCCAGUUCUGGAUUGGGCAACCAGAGUCAAGGUUGCUGCUGGUGCAGCUCGUGGAAUAGCUUACUUACAUGAAGAUUGUCAUCCUCGCAUUAUUCACAGAGAUAUUAAGUCGUCAAACAUCCUUUUGGAUAGCAACUUUGAAGCUCAGGUUGCAGAUUUUGGGCUUGCAAAGCUAACUUUGGAUUCAAAUACUCAUGUGACCACAAGAGUAAUGGGAACAUUUGGAUACAUGGCACCAGAAUAUGCAACAAGUGGAAAGUUGACGGACAAGUCUGAUGUUUACUCUUAUGGUGUUGUGCUUUUGGAGUUAAUUACAGGUCGCAAACCUGUGGAUUCUUCUCAGCCAUUGGGUGAUGAGAGCCUAGUUGAAUGGGCUCGGCCUUUGCUUAGUCAAGCACUUGAAAGUGAAGACUUCGAAGGGCUGGCAGAUCCAAGGCUGGACAAAAAUUACAUCGAGAAUGAAAUGUUUCGAAUGAUUGAAGCAGCUUCAGCUUGUGUGCGCCAUUCAGCUGCGAAAAGGCCACGGAUGAGACAGGUGGUAAGGGCUUUCGACUCCUUAGAUGAAUUAUCAGAUCUCAGUAACGGAAUGAAACCUGGCCAGAGCGAAAUAUUUGAUUCUGCAGAACACUCUGCACAAAUUAGAAUGUUUCAGAGGAUGGCAUUCGGCAGUCAAGACAACAGUACGAGUUUUUUCAAUCAAAGUCAGAGUAGCUGGAAAAGUAGAGACUCCCAAGAGCAAGGGUCCCAGAAUCAGAGAAGCUGGGCGAGUAGAGACUCCGGGAGCACGGGCAUCAAACUCAGAGCAGCUGGAGUCGAGACCAGAGAGAGCCAAGAAACCCGAGUACUUCGAUGUCCAUAGAUAGAUCUGGGAUAUGGAACAACUGAGAGUUCAACCAACUGUUUGAGCCAGGCUAGGCUGUGUUGUGUUGCUCAUUACUUGUAAAUCCUACACAUAUCAUAUCAUUUUUUCCAUUUAUUUUUUGUAUUCUCUGCUAACAUGAUUUUGUUGCCAGGAUCCCAAUUUCUGUAUUCUUUUUGUAAUUUAGAUUCAUUGAUACAGUAUAUUGUAUCUGUAUUUGUUGUUUUAAUAGAAAUAUAAAAUUUUAUUAUUCUGAA